AUGAAUGAAAAAUUGUAGAGAUGGCUAAAUUACUGUAUAGAGUUGUAUCUGAAAAACGAGGAAUAGCAGGUUGUUUUUCCAAGCAUUUUAAUAUUGAUUUUAAGAUUUCAAUAGGCUUUGCAAACCCUCAGCUAUAUAUAUGGCAAGAACGCUCCCUCUUACUUGACUUUGGUAUCGAUGUUUGCCAGACCACAACUUUAUUUGCCGAGUAGUGAUAUAGCCUAGUAUGCAAUUUCAAUUAUUUGCCUAUUUUACCUGCUAAAUAUUGUUUCAACGAUCUCUCACUUUAAACACAUUAAAAUAUAUGGACAACUAUUAAGAAGUGGCUUGCUGAAUGUUUUCUUCGAAUAUUCAACUGGAAUAAUCAAAAUUUUUACUCAUACUCUUUUAUUGUUAAUUUCCAUAACUGAAACCUUAAUUCUUUAGGGUACUUUAAAUGCAUAAACUAUAAACUUCCAACACACUAGAUAUACUAUUUUGGACUUUAUUAUCCAAAGUUUAAACUAUACUAUUAUGAUUUUUUAUUCUUAUGAAUUAUCAAAUUAAUCAAUUAUAUUUUUAGCUUUCGCUAUCAAUUUGCUGAGAGCUAUCAAUCAACUCUAUUAUUCUCCCUUGAAGAAUUUAAACACCAAAUGCAUGUUAUUGACUAUUUACAUAUACAACCUAUACCAAGGAUUCCUAUGGAUUUUUUCUAUCCAACGAGAUUUCAUCUCAGAACUCGUCUUGAUCCCUCUAAUUUACAACGUGUUUUACUUAACAUACACAAGAAUAUUUAAAUUAUGCAUACUCCUCAAAAAAGAUGGGGUUUGUGACAUGUUGUCCAUACUGGUUUUUUUGGAUAACAUCAAAGAACUGAAAGCAAUUCAAAUACAGAAGCCUAAGAAUGCGAAGGAUAAGAUUAUAUACUGUUCCUUGCUCAUGAUGCAAGGCCAGAAUUACGAAGCCUUCUGUGAAUUGACAGCAAUUAACGACAAAGAUCUGAAUGUUCUGGAGAGAUUCAAAAAGAAAGUGAUUAAGAAAUAGUGUAUCAACAAAAUAGACAUCAACAUAUAAGUGCAAUCAGAAAUGCAGCAUCGAUUAUCUCUAACAGUUGCCUCCUUGAUAGCAAGUGAGCAAUAAAAUUCUAUUAUUUACGAUGAUGUUAUCCAAAUCCUGAAAGACAAGAUUCGAAUCCUUACAUUAUUAGCAUAAAGUUAAACUACUUACCAUUAUUCCUAAUAUUUCAGCUUCACUUCAAGACUGUUGGAUCUUCAAAAAAGGUUGGAAAUGCAAUAUAAAAACUUUGCUUGUGCCAAAACACAAUGCAUAUUGGGAUUUUACUAUGUGGAAGUUAUCAAUGAUUAUUUGGCAGCAAAUUCGCUAUUUAGUGUAAUGUCGAUAUCAGAUGAGAAGGUAAGGAGAAUCAACAUUAACCAGGAUGUCUUCUCGAACAAAAUGGUAUUCAUCAUUACAACAUUCAAAGAGAAUUUAAUCAUCAAAAAAGUAUCAAGUGAUGCUCCUAAGUUUUUUAAUAAAUCGAUAGAUUCACUCUAAGGUGAGAGUGCAAAUAUACUUAUACCACCUGGUAUUUCAUAGCAUCACGAUGAGUUCAUCCUCGAAUUCCUAUCAACAGGAUAGGCUAAAUACAUGAGAGUCAUAAACUCAAACUAUUAUUAUUGUUCAGAGAGGAAUUAUAUGACCAAUAUCGAAUUUGCUUUUGAUGUUAAUUUUCAAAGCGAUUUCAGUUUUAUCUCCUUUAUUUAACCAGUCAUGAAUUAACCCAUGUCUUUGAUUAUUAACAGUGAUCAUAUCAUAACUUGUAUCAGUGAAGGACUCAUCUCAUAUUUAGAACUAAAGUUUUCGAUUUCUAAAUAUAUUGGCAACAAAAUCUAUGAAAUUUUACCAGAGUUUUAAUCCCCAAAUCAGAACUAUCAAAUUAUUGAAAAUGUAGAAGCCAUCUUCUCCAAGAAUGGGGAAGAUGAGAAUUUAUUCUAGUAAAUGCCAGAGUCAUAUAUUACAGCCUAUAGUAUAUAUCACAAAAAAUAAAAAGAUCAAAUAAUUUAUUAUAUCAUUACUUUUGAAUAUUUCAAAAAGAAUUUGGGAUAAAGUUCUAUGAUACAUUCUAAGUUGAACAAUUCAUUUAGAAAAGAAAAUGUGAUUUAGUAAUGUUUCAAUUUGAUUAACUAGGAGAGUUUUGUUAAAAUCCCAUAUAAUGAGUACAAUAGCUAAUAAAAGAUAUUGAGUUAAUAGGAUGCUCGAAAACUAUUUUAGCUAGAAGAGAGUUCUGAAUAACCAAUCAUUACGAAUGAAAUCAAACUGAUUUCAUAAUCAGAAAAAUUUAAUUUAAUUAGUCCAAAUAAUAGCAAUAUUGAAAUGCUAACAUUUGAAUAAGCCAAGGUAUCUAAACCCAAAUUACCAAAGCCUAAUGUAAGAAUUUCCAUAGCUGGAGAAUAAUCAAGUCAUGAAAGAGUUGUUGCCUAUUAGGAUGAUCGAUCUUCGUAAGUCUCCAGUUUAUUGGGAGUAAGAAAAUCGAAGUUCUAUAAAAAAUAUGAAGUAGUUCAGAAGAUUACUAAUAUAGAGCCUUUUUCCAAAAACCAUCAAAUUUUAAUCAUUCUUAUUGUAUUAAGCAUUUUGAUUUAAUUUGCAGUCUAAAUAUUACAACUAGUUUAAAUUAACAUCAAUUUGACCAAUUUAGUCUCAGACAUAGAUCUGCUUUAAAUAAAGUAUUUCGUUUUUCAGCCACUUGAAACCUUUUUGUUGACCAGAUACACUAUUGUAGCAUAUAGUUAGUAAAGAGAUUCAAAAGCAAUCACUUUAGCCCAAUUCAAUGAACUCAUCAAAUUUCCAAGAUCUAAUCUCGUGCUUGGGUAUGAUUCUCUGGAUUAAAAUCUGAAAUAAGUGAUGAGCCGUCCAGAAUUAUAAGACUUUCUAGAGAACACUUAUUUGGAUAUUUACAUUUAUAUUAAAUCUUAGGUUGGUGAAAAAUAUAAUAUGUCAUUGAGAAACAGCAUAAAUGUGUUAAAAAGUUACUAAUACACUUCUAAAAUGGCCUAUGUAAUUGAUGGAGUGGCUUAAGCAGAUUGUCCAUACUCAUACUAUUAGUACAGAAAUUAUUUGCCCCUUAAAACAGUAUUUUCUGAGUUAAAUCAAAUAGUUUAGGAAUAAACUAUAGAGAGAUCAUACACUUUAUAAAGACAAAUUUCAAUAAUCUUAUUUAUUUGUAUCGCUCUGCUUAUCUUAUUCUAAAUAGAAAUUUUCAUUUAUUACAUUAGAAUAACUAAGAGAGUUAAUAGACAUUUUCAUUUGAUGCAUAAUAUUCCUGGUUAAUAUAUAGAUUUUGAAAUUUUGAGGAUAAAGUAUCUGGUUGAAAGAUUAUUUAAAGAUUACAACAUUCUUUUUAAAUACUAAUUUAAUUUGAGCGAAAAAGAAAGAGUAUUAGAACAGUAUACUGAAAAACUUGGGGCAAUUAGAAGGAGCAAUCAAAAAUUAAAUUCUAUUAAUUGUACUGAAAUUCGAUAUUACUUGUUUAUGAUUGUACUCAUGCUCAUCAUGGCUGGAAAUUCUCUACUUACCUUUUUGGAAGGAUGGAACUAUCUAGAUAAAUACCCUGAUACUGCUAAAUUUUAUAGAGCAGUUUCAGAUGUAGGAACAGAUGUUCCAACAAUGUACGCGUAAAGGGAUAUUCUCUAUGGGAGAGCCAAUUUGAAGCUAUACACAGAAUAGGAUUGCUAAGAUUUGUUGAAUGAAAUUAAAUAAGCAGUCAAUAGAACAUCCUCCUUUUUAGAUUAAAGCAGAUCCUUUAAAAAAUAUCUAGUGUCAUCCUCAUUUGAAGACCUCUACCAAUCUAUUUAAACUCAUGAUUUAUGCGAUUUCUUACCUGACGAUUUGAAAUAAAAGUCUCUAACCAUUUGUCCAAUAGUGAUGAAUUAGAAUAUGAAGAUGGGUUUAAAAGCAAUUUUAGUUUAUAUGAUUAAUUUCAUCACCACUGACAUGGAGAUUAAUUAAUUCAAAACUAGAACUAUUUAAAACUAUCUUGAAUUGGAGGGUGCCUUUUUAGUAUCUAACAUUAUUGGAUAUGUCAAUUAAUUAUUUAAUGCAGAUUUAACCUAAUAAACUCAAAAAAUCAUCUCCCAGAUUAAUUUACAUAACAUUUUUAUUUUAUCUGUUCUUUGUUUAAUUAUUCUAUUUAUACUAACUGUAUUUAAGUAAAAGCUAGUUUAAAAAUACUUAAUUGUUUAAAGAUUUGUACAUUUACUACCUGUUUACCACUUAUUUUUAGACAAUGUUUUUGAAAGGAAUUUAAGGCAAUUAGUGUAAUCCAAUUGA